CGAAGAUCACCAUCUGGAUGAUGGAGACAAAGCCAACAGAGACCGAUGCGACCAAGGUACAGCAGCGAGCAACGAAGCAUGUCCAGACUGCGACAACGAAGAAGCAUGCGCUCACUCGAACGGAAGUAUUCAACGUCUUGCAAGAAUGCUUCUCCCCCGAAACCACGACUCAGUGCAAGAUCCUGGGGUUUCGCUUAGCUGGAUUAGCUCCGUCGUGUAUCACCACUGAAGUUUGGCAGCUCAUUCUAGACGCUGCAGUCAAGGAGCUUGCCGGAGCUGCGGCACAGGGGACUGCACUCGUGUUGCUUCACUCAAUUCCUGUGUUUGACGUGCUUCCGCUAACCCUCACGUUGGGCUUUCUUCAGCAGCAAGACCUAGAGCCUCUCAAGAAGAUUCAGGCAAUUUUUAGUCACGAGUCGGUCGACGUACGGUGUGUGGCGCUUGCCACGUUUUGCCGCGUGAGCAUCAACUGCACAAAGGUCUUGUUCGCUCGAGGACUGACCCGGUUCCCUUUUGAGUCGAACGAAGCUCGCAUUGUCGCUCAACAGGACGUCACGUCGAUUCUGACGGACAUAUGGAAAUUGACACUCCAAGCCGCUGAGGUCGAGUCCCCCGAGGUCGCGGCUGUGGCGUUCGCAAGUCUCUCGCAUCUCUUCAGUCGCAGCCAUGCCAUCCGCAGUCUCUCCAGCCACCACCCGCGCCAGGAAAGCGGGUUAGACGAACUGGUUGCGUGGAUAUUUCCGCAAGCGUUCCCCCGGUUUGACGUACUCAAGGCAAACGCGCAAACGCUUCCGACGGAGUCACAUCUCCACGCGAUGAAGUGGCUGAGUAUGGUAGCGUACAUGAUGAUGCAGAAGAGUGGGGCAUGCACCCCUGGGAUCGCAAUCGCAAUGAUGGAACUGGAUGCUGUCGCCCUCGAAGACCAAGAUGCGAAGACAACAGUCAAAGUGCGUGCUGAUCUAGUCGCCGCCGACAUGGUCGAGUCGUGGUGUCUCCCAGCAUACGUAAAUGCAUCGCUGACGCAAGCGUUUUCCAUUUGCGAAGCCAUUGCAAUCGUGAUGCAACAUCCUUUGCAGCACUACAACCAGUGGAAAUGGUCGUCGGUCCUCAUUACAAGGCUCACGGCCAUCAUCCACUCGUCGACAAUGGCACGGCAACGCCAAGAUGUCAUUCGAAUCCAAUUGCUGCUCCUGGACGCGACCAACACGUUUGAUUUUGCCAAUGUCGUCGGGUCCACCAUCGAUUCGAUCGCCGCGCUCGACAACGUGACAACUCGAGUCGGCUUGAUGUACGACCUCUGUCAAGCCAUGCUCGUUCGCGUGUGCCGCAAGCGCCAGUUUCCACUACUGCAGUCGAUCUGCACGAGCUCGUGUUUCCACGGCUUGCCUUUGGGGCAGGCGAAAGGCAAGACGAAUGCGGCGUAUGAAACAUUCAGAUCGCUCGUCGAAGCGCUACUCUUCUGCACGCAUGCAAAUGUACCCCACGCCCGCCUCGUGGUGCUGCAACAGUUCGUGGCUGUGCUCGCCAAUAAGUCCACGACGGACCUCCGCAACGCCACGCUUGUUUUGUUUACAGCGCUUUUAACACAGCUGUGCCAGGACAGCUGCGCUGCGCCGCCGGUGCUCGAUUUCCUCCACAACGUCGUGCUGCCCUUGGCGCCGAAAGUCCCAUCGGCCAACGUUCGCGUGCAAUUGUACUGGCUCGGGCUCAAAUUCGUGUCGUCAACACAGCUUCCCAUCAUGUCGUGGGUCGAAACCGAGUUGCUGGGUCUUCUAUCGUCCAAGGACGGGUCAGGACGGCCCUCCACAACCUACGACGACGGGAUUUUGGGCGGUGGCACCAAGAACGUUCGCACGGUCGAUGCACACUUGAUCCCUCGAUUCAAUGCUCUCCUUCUGUGCCUUCGAUGGCUGUUGGCCAAGGACGGGUCACUCAAGCAACGUGCAGUGCAGGUGCUGGCCCACGUGCGCACCCAAAACAAUUUCCACCGCUUCGUUUCGGACACUGCAGUCGAAACGAUUGAAGAGAUCACAGGCAUGGCGCGUCGGGAGCGGUUCGGCUUCUCGUCGGCGUUUGUCCUACCUGGCUUGUUUUCUCCAGCGUCGCUCUUCCCAUCUCGAUCUAUGGACAUGCCACAGCAAGCGCCAGUCAAGUGGAAAGAAGAAGUCGAGACGGUUGUGUCGGGAUCAUGUGACCCGCUGUGCCUCAAAAUCUCGUACCGGGAGCCGGACGACCACCCCGAGGAAAUCGCGCUUUGUGUGACGUGUUGUAAUGUGACCAACGUCCCGUGGAGCGAUUUCUCGAUCGGGGUUGGCGUCAAAGGCGCAGUCAAGCUUGUCGACACGUCCAACAAUAUGCACAUUCGUGCAACGGGCGAAGUCAAACCCCACGGCAUGUUCAAGUCCGAGAAACUCUUUCGCUUUCUCCGGUUUUCCCGCGCCGAGUUUUUGUUUCGCUUGGUCGUCGAGCCAUCUUCCCCGGAGAUGCCGCCGACAAGCAUGGGCCUCUCGAAUCCGUACUACAUUCCGUUUGACGCGAUGUUUACGUUGCCGGACCCGACCCUCUGGACAGCGCCAUACUUUCAAGCGUCAUGGCAAAGUGCGGAUGCGAACAAGAUAUACAAAAUCCAGGCCACCCAAGGCAAAAAAAUGGUGCCUAACCACCACGUCAAAGUCGCGUUUGUUGCCGACGCGAGCAUGGAUACCCCAUUUCUCGUCCACAUGUCUUUCGUGACGUGGACCAAGUGGAACGAGUGCGUAUGCGCGACCAUUUCAUGCUGUCUCGACACAACCUCUCGGGUGUGGAAAGGCUCGCUCGAGGUGCGAUCGACCCACGGCGUUGUCGACGAAGUUGACAAAGCGCCUCGGGAUCUUUUGGACGUGCUGGUCCCAUCGACGACCUUUGACUUGAUCGAAGACAACAUUGUCGAACGUCCCGUGGCAUGUGUGAGCCCACGUCACCAAAUCGUGAAACGAGCUGUCAGUGUCGGUGUGAUGGCCAAGGACAGCGCGACGUCGACUCCCACCGCCACGCGCCGCGCGCUCAUGACCUUUUUUGGAGGCAAAUAGCUUCGAAACAUCCACGUUUCCGCAUGCACAUGUUAAUAACACGAUCGAUCUCAACGACU